AUGUCAGGGCCUUGGAUUACUUGGAAUGUUCGGGGCUUAGGAGAAUCAACGAAAAGGGAGGCUGUGAAAAAAGCAGUUUUGCACUUGAAUCCAGAACUUCUGUUGCUUCAGGAAACAAAAUUAAAUGAUCAGCGUCAGCAUAUUGUGGAGACUUGGACGCAAGCCUUGCGUAUGAGUCAUGCUGAGGUCCAUUCUGUUGGGUCAGCGGGUGGUCUUAUGUGCUUGUGGCGGGAGAGUUCCAUCCGUGUUUUGUCAGUAGUGUCAGAUGUAUGGUUUAUUUUCUUGACAGUGAUGAUAUCAAAUAUUGAGCAGCCUGUUUUAGUUGGGAAUGUUUAUGGUCCUCAUUCUCUAGCGGAGCGCAGGCUAUGUUUUGAGGCCCUGAAAACACAUAUUCUGAAUCAUGAUGGAUUGGUGUUUCUUGGUGGUGAUUUUAAUGCAGUUCUGUUGGGGUCGGAACGUUCUUCAGGCGGAGUGUUGGAUGCCGGUGAUGAAGCGUUCCAGCAGUUUGUCCAGGUUACUAAUUUAGCUGAUUUGCCUCUAGCUAAUGGAGAGUACACUUGA